CAACAACACCCAUGCUCCAGAUCAUGGUGCCUAUGAAUGGAAGUAUGCACUGCAUCGAUGCAUGAGCCAUAAUAUGAGCCGCCCUGAGCCGCCCUGAGCCCUCAACAUCUUUGGUUCAUUUUCCAAUUGCUUCGCUGGCAAAACACCCCCACUCAAAGUUAUCCAUAGGCUUCUGGAUUGCCGUGCCUCCACCAUCAACCCCAAUGGACGCCAGUCAAGAACUCCCAGUUAGGGAAAAGGCCAAUGUCGACGCCAACAAGGCCGGCGUCGUCGAGUUUGGCCACCGACUGCGAGACGAACACUUCAUGAUCGAUCCGUCGUUCCGCAACCUCAACCAUGGCUCUUUCGGCACCUACCCGCGGGCCAUCCAAGCCAAGAUGCGCGAGUACCAGGACCUGGCCGAGGCCCGGCCGGACCCUUUCAUCCGCUACGAUCAAACACGGCUGCUCGACGAGUCGCGCGAGGCCGUGGCCCGGCUGCUCCGCGCGCCCGUCGACACGUGCGUCUUCGUGCCCAAUGCCAGCGUAGGGGUCAACACGGUGCUCCGCAACCUGGUCUGGAACGGCGACGGGCGCGACGAGAUUUUGUACUUCAGCACCAUCUACGGCGGGUACGCCAAGACGAUCGACUACGUCGUCGAGGACCGCGCCGGCGCCGUGGGCGCCCGGUGCAUCGACCUGUCGUACCCCUGCGAGGACGACGCGGUCGUGGCCGCCUUCCACGCCGCCGUGGACGCGUCGGUGCGCGAGGGCCGCCGUCCGCGCGUCUGCUUGUUCGACGUCGUCUCGUCGCUGCCGGGCGUGCGCUUCCCCUUCGAGGCCGUCACGGCCGCCUGUCGCGAGCGCGGCCUGCUGUCGCUCGUCGACGGCGCCCAGGGCGUCGGCAUGGUCGACCUGGACCUGCCCGCCGUCGACCCGGACUUCUUCGUGAGCAACUGCCACAAGUGGCUGCACGUGCCCCGCGGCUGCGCCGUCCUGUACGUGCCCCUGCGCAACCAGCCCCUGAUCCGGUCCACGCUGCCGACCUCGCACGGCUUCGUGCCCCGCGCCGUGGCCGGCGGCGGCAACCGCUUCAACCCGCUGCCGCCCUCGACCAAGUCCGAGUUCGUCAACAACUUUGAGUUUGUCGGCUCCAUCGACUACUCGCCCUACCUGUGCGUCAAGGACGCCAUCCGCUGGCGGGAGGAGGUCCUGGGCGGCGAGGAGCGCAUCCGGGACGCCCUCGUCGCCAUGGCCAGGGAGGGCGGCCGCCGCGCCGCCGAGAUCCUCGGCACCCACGUGCUGGACAACGCCAGCCGGAGCUUGACCAGGUGCGCCAUGGUCAACGUCGCGCUGCCGCUCGCGAUGCAGCCCGACGAGGGCGAGGAGCUGCGCGCCGAUCUGGAAGGAGUGCCGGCCAUCCCCAAGAGCGAGACCGGAGCCGUCUUGAACUGGAUCUUGCGGACCCUGAUGGACGAAUACAACACCUUCGUCGCUCUCUUCUUCCACGGCGGCCGUUAUUGGAUGCGCCUCAGCGCGCAGGUCUACCUGGAGCUGGAAGACUUCGAAUGGGCCGGCCGCACGCUCAAGGCGGUCUGCGAGAGGGUGGCCAAAGGAGAGUACAAAGCGUGAUUAAUUAGGCGGUAUUAAUUAGCAGGUUCCGGGGGAGAAACAAAGACAAUACACCAUUUUGUUGUUCUCUCU